GCGGCUCUGUCAUAAAGCGGAGACCUCUCUUCAAACGUGGCGUCGGGGGCUCCUGCGUGCCCGCGGUCGGCGCGCAAGGACGGCCGUGGGCCACGGUGCUUCCCAGCCCGCAGCGGGAGCCGGCCGAUGCGUCCCCGGCCCGCGUUGGCUCUCCUGAUCCUUCCCAGCCGGCGAGAUUUUGAGCCACCGCGACUGAGGGUCCCGGGUUCGCAGCUCCAGGACCCCGCUCGUGGACAGCGCUCCUUCGCCCGUAGCUGUCCCUCCAAAUCAUGCUCUGCCCUGUGGGGUGCAGCAUUUGACAAGUCACCUUCUCCCCACAUACCCCUUCCACAAACCAGUUCAAUUUUGCCUGUAACACUGGAGUUUGGAGUAAUUACGCAGAAAGAUUACCUUUAAGACGGAGCAUUUGAUACAAAAAGAAAAAAUUUCAUGCUAACGAGAGAGUUGGUGGGGAAACCAUGGCUGAGCACGGGGCGCACAUCACAACUGCUUCAGUGGCCGAUGACCAACCUUCCAUCUUUGAGGUGGUAGCACAGGACAGUUUAAUGACAGCAGUGAGACCUGCGCUUCAGCAUGUGGUCAAGGUUCUUGCAGAAUCAAACCCUGCCUACUGUGGCUUUUUGUGGAGAUGGUUUGAUGAAAUCUUCACUCUGCUGGAUCUUCUGCUUCAGCAACAUUAUCUAUCUAAAACCAGUGCCUCAUUUUCUGAAAACUUUUAUGGCUUGAAGAGGAUUGUCAUGCGAGACACACACGCGGUUCAGCGGUUGGCCAGUGCUGGUCUCCCCAAGCAGCAGCUGUGGAAAUCAGUCAUGUUCCUGGUUCUUCUUCCAUACCUGAAAGUGAAGCUGGAGAAGCUGGUUUCUAGCCUGCGAGAAGAGGAUGAAUAUUCCAUUCAUCCCCCUUCUUCUCACUGGAAACGGUUUUACAGAGCCUUCCUGGCAGCCUAUCCAUUCGUUAACAUGGCAUGGGAAGGCUGGUUUCUCAUACAGCAGCUUCGCUACAUCCUAGGGAAAGCUCAGCAUCACUCGCCGCUGCUGAAGCUGGCUGGCGUUCGGCUAGGUCGACUGACGGUUCAGGAUAUUCAAGCUCUGGAGCAAAAACCGGCUGAAGCCAGCAAGAUCCAGCAACCGGCAAAGAGCAUCAGUGAGCAGAUUAAGUCCACUCUGAAGAAAGCUGUGGGGGGCGCUGCCAUAUCCCUCUCUACUGGCCUUUCUGUGGGCGUAUUUUUCCUGCAGUUCCUGGACUGGUGGUACUCAUCGGAAAAUCAAGAAACCAUCAAAUCACUGACUGCCCUGCCUACUCCACCACCACCUGUACACCUAGACUACAACUCUGAUUCCCCUCUGUUACCCAAAUUGAAGACAGUGUGCCCACUGUGUCGUAAAACCCGAGUGAAUGAUACCGUUCUUGCCACAUCUGGCUAUGUGUUUUGUUACCGCUGUGUGUUUAACUAUGUGAGGAGUCACCAAGCCUGUCCCAUCACAGGCUAUCCUACCGAAGUACAACAUCUGAUCAAACUGUACUCCCCUGAGAACUGAAGGGAAUGAGCAUCUUGCUUCCUAGGGGCUGCACGGCAAGGCCCCAGGGCUGGUUUUCAGCAUGGCACAUAGCACAUUCUUCUCAGCCUCAACUGAUAACUCUAUGAACUUUAAACAACUGUAAGAAUUUCUUUUUAAAAGGACAGAACCAUUUGACCCUAACCAUUUAGUCUACUCUCUAUACCCCUACUUACAACUGACCAAGCUGGUUAAAGUAGGAGACUUGAAAUUGACAGGGGAUAUAAGGAUAACUAGGGGAAGGUUUUUCUAUCCUUUUCUAAAUUAAGAGCAAUAGAAAUUCUCAGGAAAAAACUCAGGUUAGACUUUAAGUGAGCACGGCUCAAUAGGCUAAUCCUCUGCCUGCAGCACUGGCACACCGGGUUCUAGUCCCGGUCGGGGCGCUGGAUUCUGUCCCGGUUGCCCCUCUUCCAGGCCAACUCUCUGCUAUGGCCCAGGAAGGCAGUGGAGGAUGGCCCAAGUGCUUGGGCCCUGCACCCGCAUGGGAGACCAGGAGAAGCACCUGGCUCCUGCCUUCAGAUCAGUGCGGUGUGCCAGCCACAGUGCACCGGCCGUGGCGGCCAUUGGAGAGUGAACCAACGGCAAAGGAAGACCUUUCUGUCUGUCUCUCUCUCACUGUCCACUCUGCCUGUUAAAAAAAAAAAAAAAAAAAAAAAAAAAAGCAUUUAUCUGCCUCCUGAAGUGUUGGUUUUACCAAACAAUGUGAAACGUGCACCUGCUCUUCACAGAAACACUCAGAGCACUACAGAACAAUGCUCCUGCUGUACACUGUGACCCAGUGACGUUUGGGACAGUUUAUCAGAUUUUUAAGAUUCUUUUCUGAGCCAUACAUGUCUUUUAUUGGGAAACCGGUUAAAAUAGAGAUUGUUUAUAUAAACAUAGUCUGAAGAUGUCAGUGUGAAAGCAAAGCUAAUAAAAACAUAUGAAGUAAAAUACUUAACUAUGUGUAAAGAAAGGAUCUUUUAAUAAGCUUUUUCUGCUUGCUAUUAAGAGUUUGCUAAACUGGCAUGAAUUAUUCUGGCUAUUACUAAAACAUUUAAAUCAAUUUUAAGAAUGUUUCUAACAAAGAACUGUUCCAUGUUAGCAGGAUAAUGUGUAAACUUAAAAGAUUACUUGAGGUGUUUACAAUAAAUUUUCAUUCAUACUA